GCUUAAAUGAAUCUUAACUGCAUUGUUUUCCCUGCGCCAAGGCCCUUCUACUUUGGAGAAGGUGACUUCAGACAAGAUGGCUCACUCAUAUUCGUCCCUAUUGAUAAAAGGAAUUAUAACUCUACAUUUGAGAUGAGUAAGAAUACCCCAGAGGUCCACCCAGAGUCGGUUGUUGAAGAACUAAAGGAGAGAGACAAGAAAACAUUCCCAUGCUUUUACAUUCCAUACGAGCUAGAAGAAGGGUCAAGUAAGAUCAUAAUUUACCUUCAUGGUAACGCAGAGGACCUCUGAGGCUGUGGAGAAAUGAUGAGGCGCCUUUCAGUAGCAUUUAAAUGCCAUGUUAUUGGGGUUGAAUAUCCGGGAUAUGGAGUCUGAUAUCAACAAAAAGUAAGCUCAAAAGAAAUCCUCCAACGAUCAAUGAGGUUAUAUGAAUUCUUAACUAAAGAAUUCGGGUAUGAUGAUAAAGACAUCAUUAUCUUUGGAAGGUCUCUUGGAACUGGAGCUGCAAUUCAAACUGCUGCUGCCAAUAAGCCUGGACUUUUGGUCUUAAUGAGUGCAUAUACCAAGAUUAAAUAAGGUUGCAAAGGAUAUAUGAUGCUGAAGCCCAUGAUUGGUUAAGGAGAGGUUUCGGUCUAUUAACUUUAUUAAAAAGCUAAAUUGCCCCUUCUACUUAAUCCACGGUAGGAAUGACAAGGUUAUAAAGCCUCAUCACAGUGAAGAUCUUUACGCUAGAGCUAUAAAGUGUGGUAAAGAAGAACUUUGAGGCAUCACUAUAAGAGCAGAAAUGGAUCAUAAUAACUUUUCUUUCACCAUUGAUAUUUCUGAACCAAUAAAAGAGUUUAUGAAGGAAAUGAAAAUAUCUACGGAAGUCAACCAAGAUGAUCCUGAAGAGCUGAGAUUAUGAAAAUUGAAGGACUUUAAAGACUUAGGAAAAACUCCUCCAGAGUAUGAAGAGGAAGCCCUUAAAGACAAGUACCUGGAGAAAAGAAGCAAAAGCUGUUGUAUAAUUUUUUAA